AUGGAACCGCAUCGAAUGUUGCAGACAGCCGGGGAUUUUCGACAAUAUUAUGUCGGAAAACACGUCACUCAGCUACCGAAACCGGCUUUGAUACUCGACAAGGCCAAAAUGUAUCGACACUGUCAGUCCCUGCUUGAUGCCGUAGAGUACUUAGGCGUAGACUUUCGGGCGCAUGUUAAAACACACAAGACCCUAGAGGGGGUCCGUCUGCAAGCUGGAGAGGCUAACAAAGAGGUCCGACUCGUAGCGUCGACUGUUGCCGAAAUCGAGUUUCUACGGCCACUGGUGCGCGAGUUCAUAGAAAGUGGCCGCCCAGUUAAUAUCCUUUACGGCAUUCCCCUGCCGCCUUCGCAGGUUGAUCGCCUAGCAGCUAUCGCCCGGCAGCUAGGUCGAGGUACCAUUUCUGUCAUGAUCGAUCACACGUCCCAGCUGAGCCAUGUAGCUCGCUUUGCAGAGCAAGCCGCAUUUCCGGCCGGGGUCUACCUGAAGGUCGACACAGGCUACCAUCGAGCGGGCUUGCCUCCUUCUGGCCUCAACAAGGACGACUUGGUCUCCAAACUGAUGAGUCUUGAUAACCAGGGCACCAUAAACUUCAUUGGCCUUUAUUCGCACAGCAGUCUCAGCUACAAUGAUUCGACUGCUGAGCAAGCAAUGGCCAAUCUCAAAGGCGAGCUUAGCGGGUGUCUUGAUGCGCUGGAAGAAAACGCGCGUUUGUUCCCAAGCGAUAGGGAAAUCACAAUCAGUAUCGGAGCUUCGCCGCAGGUGACUUCAAUAGAAAAUUUGCUUGGAGCUGAGGGCAACUUAUCAGAGGGCGCCCAGUCUUUGAAACAGGCCUUGCGCAACGCCGUGACUGGGAUGCAGUGUGGGUUUCGCACCAGACUGGAACUUCAUGCUGGUGUAUAUUCCGUUCUGGACGUGCAACAGCUGUCUACAAAUUCACGAGCUCACUUUGGAGACUAUGAAGAUGAGAUAGCGGUCUCUGUCAUGGCAGAGGUUUGCAGCCUCUACAUCGACGGUGAGCGGCAACAACCUGAAGCCUUGCUUGCUGUUGGAGUGUUGGGCCUAGGACGUGAGCCCUGUGCAGCAUACGAGGGAUGGGGCAUUGUUGAUCGCGAUGCCUACUCCCCUAAUAGCCCCCAUCCUGAUCGCCGACUGAUUGUGAAGCGCGUGAGCCAGGAACACUCCAUUGUGUCAUGGGGGCUCGUCAAUGGGCAUGGCGAUGAAGAUUCUCAGCAACCCAUACCGCUGCAGGUGGGCCAAACCGUGCGCAUCUAUCCGAAUCACUCUUGUAUUACGGGAGCUUUAUAUGGCUGGUACUAUGUAGUAGACUCUUCACAACAUCCCGAGCAAGUCAUAGAUGUCUGGGAAAGGGCAAACGGAUGGAAAAUGCCGAUAGCCAACUAA